AUGCGUCGCUUGGUGCAUGUGAAGACCGUCAAGUUCGUCUUGUAUGGCGUAACCGAGGCAAGGAACCGCAGCCAUUAUUGCAAACUCAUUGGCGCCAUCAUGAAAGAAGAUCACUUCCAGAUAUACGAUGCCCUCGGCGCACCAAACAUCGAAGCUACCUGGUGGGGUUGGCAUCUCAGCACUCAAGCAGACAUGAUUACGUUCGCAGCCCAAAAUUCUCGACCGGUCCUUCCUGAAGAAGAAUACAUGCUACUCAUGAAGCCUAAAGUCGACGCAAUGAUGGCAGAAGCUGAGCGUGCAGCUGGUCUGUGA